CAAUCAGUUUCAUCGGAACGACGCUAACUAGGUGAAAGAAUGGACCAAAGCGCAACGACCAGUGACGGUGGCUACGAGGAGCUGCAACAGGAACAGCAGCAGCAACGGUUGAUGUUGUUCGACUCGCUGAUUGAGCUUUGCCGCAACAACAUAAGCUUCUUCGAGAGCGACGAAACGGAGACCGGAUUGCGGUUACACGGGGCGUUCGUCGGGCUUAUCGAUCACAUUGAGAUGGCCAAACCGUUGGUGCGGAUGGUGCACGGUUUCAUGCACGAGUACGAUUUCGACCCGAGCGUACCGGGAAACGGGUUCCGGAGCUUUCUGUACGUGGUCGAGUGCUGCGUCUCGACGGCCCUGAAGCUGACCCGCUACGUAAUGGAGAACCGGAGCACGAUCCUGUUCCGCAAGGCGGUCUACGUGAAGGAGGUGGAAGCGUACAACCAUCUGAUGGCCAGUCUGUGUACCUGCCUGCAGCACACGCAGACGCUGCGCGAGUGGACUCGCGACUCUGGCGACCUGUUCCCGGACGAGUCCCACUCGGUCGAGGAGCUGUUUGCGACGGGAGGCAUCAUCAACCAGUACUGCUUCUACGGUCGGUGUCUUGGGUUUCAGUUUUGUGACUCCAUCAAACCACUGCUAAAGUUCAUCUCGAUCGGUAUGGCCGGCUUCUCGGAGGGCUACUACUCGGAGGGUGGCCGACUGUCCAAGGCCACCAGCCUGAUGUACACGAGCACCAAGUACAUGCUCGAUCCGGAGCUGCGCGCCCGGCGGAUCGUCAACAUCUCACAAAACUCGAACGUGGACUUUUGCAAAGCGUUUUGGUUUUUGGCCGAAUCGGAGAUGAUGCACUCGCUACCGUCGUUCGUGGGGUUCAAAGUGAAGGUGAACCGCGUGAUAACGAUCCCGCCGGAACCGAUUCAAUUGCCUCGACAGGCGCCGACAGACGCUGGCAGCGCGCCGACCGAACCCAUCUUUGUGGACAUACCGAUCCCGAAGAGUCACGGUGGGGCGGCACCGAUCAAGGCUCGGCUCAUAUCGGCCGUUAAGCGGAAGGGAAUGAUCGGCGAGCGGAGUAACUCCCAGCGUAGCACCAUCCACCCGGCGAGCCGAGGAAUGGUGUUCCACUGCCACGGUGGAGGGUUUGUGGCGCAAAGCUCGAAAUCGCACGAAUCGUAUCUGCGCGAGUGGGCUGUCACGUUGAACGUGCCGAUCCUUUCGAUCGACUACAGCCUUGCCCCGGAAGCACCAUUUCCGCGGGCACUGGAGGAAGUGUUUUACGCGUACUGCUGGGCCUUGCGGAACUGCGAGCUGCUCGGAACGACCGGUGAGCGAAUCAUCCUGGCGGGCGAUUCGGCCGGGGCCAGCUUGAAUCUGGGCUGUGCAAUGAAAGCGAUUGAGCUGGGAGUCCGUCGACCGGACGGAAUAUUCAUCGCUUACUGUCCGGUGCUGAUCAGCUUCGUGCCGAGUCCGGCCCGGAUGCUGUGUCUGAUGGAUCCGCUGCUCCCGUUCGGGUUCAUGAUGCGCUGCCUGAAGGCUUACGCUUGCCCCAGCCGAGAGGUGCUAGAAGAGAAUCGGAAACGCCACGAACAGCGGCUGGCGAUCGUCAAUGCGGGUCUGCAGAUGCGCAACAAUAACGUCGUCGGAGGUUCAGCGACCAGGGUUGCCGGUGGUGGACAGGGCGAACAGGACGAUAACGGAAACAGAACGCCGGAUCGAUCGGAUUCGGGUGAUGAUAAUUCUAUGUGGGAACAACUGAACAGCGUCAACACCGUACAGCUCCAGAACCAGCAUCUUAGCCCCGUGAGCGAUACCGCCAGCGACACGCUCGCGCUCAAGAGCCAGUCGCUCGGGAACACCAUCGACAUCAUCAGUCCGGACGAGAGCAACACGAUCACAUCGCUGGAAGAGGAUUCGCAGCCGAUAACGCUACAACAGGUCAACCUUAACACCGAGCGGAGCAACAUUACCGUUGUGGACGAUCUCGACAUGGACAUGCCGAGCGAUAUCAGCUCGGAGCAGAACACGAACCAGUAUGUUUCCGAUUUUAUCGAAAGAUAUGUACUUGACACGACCACUAAUGCUGCGGGUGAGAUUGAACCCAUCCUUCGACCGGUUUCACGUUCGCAAUCGGAAGAGAACAUCGUACUCGACAUCGGCCGAGAAGCGAUAAGCGUACAGAAUCUACAAGAACGUGUCACCAGUGCAGCGAGUAACUUUGUGAGCAAAGUGUCCAGCACGAUCAACAGCCUGACCGCCUCGAAACCGAUCACGAUCGGCGCUGCACAGGGUGAGCUGCAAAGCAAUCUCGAUGCACUGAUCGCCCGCAGUCCGUCGGAUGAGUUCAUCUUUCACGUGCCGAAGGAUUCCCAUCUAUCGCCGUACUGGGCCUCUGACGAUGUUUUGAGUCAAUUUCCUCCAACCAAAAUUUUAACCGUCGUACUGGACCCGUGUCUGGACGAUUGUGUGAUGUUUGCUAAAAGACUGAAAAGCUUGAACCGAUCCGUUUCGCUCGACAUUCUGCCAGGGCUACCGCACGGAUUUCUCAAUUUCGCCACCAUUUCCAAAGAAGCGCACGAGGGAUCGAAGCAGUGCGUUCAGCGCAUUGCCGAGCUACUGGAAAUUUCGGCCACGGCCGGCGAUGAUACAGGCCCGAAGCAGGGAUGUUGUUAGCGAUUCUGUCGCUGAUGUUGUCGUGCGGACCGUGGCCGGCAACAGCAUGGAUCGAGUUACUAAACUUACCGAAACUCCCAAAUGCGCUUUACCACUGAUGCUGAUUAUACAUGCAGUGCACGCACCGCACGCCGAACGUUGUUUUUAGAACGUAAGCUUAGUUCAUACGAAUUCAUUGCAUCGCAAUGCAAACAAAACAUUUUCACUACCUUUCCCUCUAAAGCUCAAGCGAGGCUACCGGCAAAGCCAACUACGAACACAUUGUUUAACAGUUUCGUCCACGCCCGUAGCGUUUGCGCUGAUUAGCAGUGCGCCGCUUCGGAAACAAUUUGGACCCAAAAGGCAGACAAAACAAUAGACCGUAGGUAGCCGAACAAACAAACAACGUCUGACGUCCUUUAGAGCGCAGCAACCAAUUGGCCUUUUCCCCUAGCAUUGUUUUUUACUGCGAUGCGGCUUUAUUAUUCGCGCGGCCAGGCCCAGCCCUGGCCCCGGAGCAUAUACACCAAUAAACUACUAGGAUCGUAACUAGGUAUCCGUAUGUUAAGGCGGGCGCCUCUUCUGCUCCGCUUCUAAGCUAAACCACGGUGCGAAGUGAUGGCAACCACCGCUACACACUCUUAGUGCUAAGCUUUCGAUCGGACGGUCGCCAGCGUUCUCCGUUCCGUAUUAUUUUGCCCUUUGCUAAUUGGUGGUACGUUUUACCGCAAUUUAGGCCACCGAUAAAUUUCCGUCGCUGAUUGGGAGAGGAACGGCACGUUACAUGGUUGUUACUUUUUUGUUACUUAGGUGCCAGCGCGCUCAAUCUGUGGAAAUCUCAACUCAGCCGUCUACCGUUUUACUGACAAUUGAUUUUUCCUUUACAAAGGUUAGAGUAUUAGGUAAACCAGUGCUGAUAUUAUUUACAAACUUUACUAUAUCGCUUUCAUUGAUUGGGGCCGUUAUUGGUCCGACGAUAUUUCGAUAAUACAAUCUCUUCAUCAACAGAAUGUCAAAUAAGGAGAAAGUGGAAGUAUUUUUUUAAAUAUGUGUUUUAUUAAUCCACAUAACUUAAUAAUCGUGGACAUUCAUGAAAACUAAAAAAAACGGAAAUAUUAAUGUGCAACAAUCAGUCGUUUCGUGGUCAAGCUUUAUUUACACACUCAAUCACAUUUUCGUCUUUACGGUAAGAAUUUAUGGAGUUACGAAAAGUACUGAACAAUUGUGCUCGAUUUACGUGGUUUUGUUGUUAUACUGUGCUUUUGUGACGUAAAAAGCAGCUGAUUAGGAUUAAUAAGAACCGGAUGGAGGCAAGUGAACCAAAAAUUCAGCAUGUUGACGAAAAGUACCUAAACUUUUGUGAGAUGUUAUACAUAUAUUUUCCCAAUGGAACGUUACGGUUAAUUCCAACAAAAAAAGAAUAAAACGAUUAAAUUUAAGAGUGGAUAAUAUAUAAAAAAUACUUUUUCGAUGUAAGAAUCCUUUGGGUGAAACCUACUGUGAGGACUGAGCGUGUGGCGCGGCAAGGACCUGCUGCGAGCCACACAAAACCAGGCUGAGAGUGACGCAGGAGUGAGACAAACAAAGAAACUACAUUUACUUGUAAUUGAUGAAUUCUAAGAAUAAAACCUUAUUGC